AUGCCACAUUCUCCCCUGCAUCCUCCCCCUCAUGCCACAUUCUCCUCUGCCACCUCCCCCUCAUGCCACAUUCUCCCCUGCCACCUCCCCCUCAUGCCACAUUCUCCUCUGCCACCUCCCCCUCAUGCCACAUUCUCCUCUGCCCCCUCCCCCUCAUGCCACAUUCUCCCCUGCCACCUCCCCCUCAUGCCACAUUCUCCCCUGCCACCUCCACCUCAUGCCACAUUCUCCCCUGCAUCCUCCCCCUCAUGCCACAUUCUCCCCUGCAUCCUCCCCCUCAUGCCACAUUCUCCCCUGCCCCUCAUGCCACAUUCUCCCCUGCCUUCUCCCCUGCCUCCUCCACCUCAUGCCACAUUCUCCCCUGCAUCCUCCCCCUCAUGCCACAUUCUCCCCUGCAUCCUCCCCCUCAUGCCACAUUCUCCCCUGCCACCUCCACCUCAUGCCACAUUCUCCCCUGCAUCCUCCCCUCAUGCCACAUUCUCCCGUGCCACCUCCCCCUCAUGCCACAUUCUCCCCUGCCACCUCCACCUCAUGCCACAUUCUCCCCUGCAUCCUCCCCCUCAUGCCACAUUCUCCCCUGCAUCCUCCCCCUCAUGCCACAUUCUCCCCUGCCACCUCCCCCUCAUGCCACAUUUUCCCCUGCCACCUCCACCUCAUGCCACAUUCUCCCCUGCAUCCUCCCCCUCAUGCCACAUUCUCCCCUGCAUCCUCCCCCUCAUGCCACAUUCUCCCCUGCCACCUCCACCUCAUGCCACAUUCUCCCCUGCAUCCUCCCCUUAUGCCACAUUCUUCCGUGCCACCUCCACCUCAUGCCACAUUCUCCCCUGCAUCCUCCCCCUCAUGCCACAUUCUCCCCUGCAUCCUCCCCCUCAUGCCACAUUCUCCCCUGCCACCUCCACCUCAUGCCACAUUCUCCCCCCUGCAUCCUCCCCUCAUGCCACAUUCUCCCGUGCCACCUCCCCCUCAUGCCACAUUCUCCCCUGCCACCUCCACCUCAUGCCACAUUCUCCCCUGCAUCCUCCCCCUCAUGCCACAUUCUCCCCUGCCACCUGCCCCUCAUGCCACAUUCUCCCCUGCAUCCUCCCCCUCAUGCCACAUUCUCCUCUGCCACCUCCCCCUCAUGCCACAUUCUCCCCUGCCACCUCCCCCUCAUGCCACAUUCUCCCCUGCAUCCUGCCCCUCAUGCCACAUUCUCCUCUGCCACCUCCCCCUCAUGCCACAUUCUCCUCUGCCACCUCCACCUCAUGCCACAUUCUCCCCUGCAUCCUGCCCCUCAUGCCACAUUCUCCUCUGCCACCUCCCCCUCAUGCCACAUUCUCCCCUGCAUCCUCCCCCUCAUGCCACAUUCUCCCCUGCCACCUCCCCCUCAUGCCACAUUCUCCCCUGCCACCUCCACCUCAUGCCACAUUCUCCCCUGCAUCCUCCCCCUCAUGCCACAUUCUCCACUGCAUCCUCCCCCUCAUUCCACAUUCUCCCCUGCAUCCUCCCCCUCUUGCCACAUUCUCCCCCUCAUGCCACAUCCUCCCCCUCAUGCCACAUCCUCCCCCUCAUGCCACAUCUUCCCCCUCAUGCCACAUCCUCCCCCUCAUGCCACAUUCUCCCCUGCAUCCUCCCCCUCAUGCCACAUUCUCCCCCUCAUGCCACAUUCUCCCCUGCAUCCUCCCCCUCAUGCCACAUCCUCCCCCUCAUGCCACAUUCUCCCCUGCAUCCUCCCCCUCAUGCCACAUACUCCCCCUCAUGCCACAUUCUCCCCUGCAUGCCACAUCCUCCCCUGCAUCAUCCCCCUCAUGCCACAUCCUCCCCCUCAUGCCACAUCCUCCCCUGCAUGCCACAUCCUCCCACUCAUACCACAUCCUCCCCCUCAUGCCACAUCCUCCCCCUCAUGCCACAUUCUCCCCUGCAUGCCACAUCCUCCCCUGCAUCAUCCCCCUCAUGCCACAUCCUCCCCCCUCAUGCCACAUCCUCCCCUGCAUGCCACAUCCUCCCCUGCAUUAUCCCCCUCAUGCCACAUCCUCCCCUGCAUAA